GAGACUGAGAAGAAAGCAGGCCUUUCCAUGCGCUUCCUCCUCACAAACCCACCCAGCCAACGACAAAGACAAGGCAAGAUCCUUUUGCAUUUAUCUUCCUUUGCAAUGCAACUCUUAAUGGGAAGCAUCUGUGGGACACAGAUGGUUUCUGGAGGAGCCCAGCCAGGGCUGGAUUGGAUCCCUCCAAAGACAUCCUCUUUCCUCUUGCUCUGUCCUGUCUGUUGAUCGAAACCAGAGCCUGCCUGCCAUGGGGGUGUGAGAAGAGGGUGGGGAGAGGAGGGCAGCUCAUGCUGCUGGAGUUAUUAGUGUUCGGCUUUGAGUGGAAACUAGAGGAUCGGGACAUGGGGCUCCAUCUGAACCCAGCUCACGCUUCCCAGUGGGUCAGAAGAGACUUGGUGCCCUGUUCCUUGCAGGGAAGAAGAGGCACCCAGAGAUAAUCUGCAGGAUGUUGCUACUGCUGGUGAUGGGUCUGGUUUGGUCCUUCCAUGGAGCCUCCUGCUUGCCACAUCCCACCAGACUCACAUGGGCAGAAGAGAGUGCAGAAGGACAGUGUCAGUGUGUGCCACAGCUGUGCCCUAGAGCCACAACCUGCUCAGCAGGCUUGGUGUGUGACCACUGUGGCUGCUGCUUGGAGUGCGGGAAUGCUGAGGGGCAGCUCUGCGACCUGGAUGGCAGUGGCACCUUCUAUGGGCGGUGCGGAGAGAAUCUAGAGUGCCAGCUGGACAUCCAGGAGCUAGGCUGUGGGGGGAUCCCCGAGCCACAAUGUGUGUGCAGGUCCCAGGUGGCUGUGUGUGGCUCCGAUCACAUCACCUACCAGAACAUCUGCAAGUUCCAGGAGGCCAUGCGUGAGAGAGAGGGGCGGAACCUCAGCAUCACCAGCAAUAGGCCCUGCCUAGCAGUUCCCCAGAUCAAGCACCAUCCCCAGGACCACGUGAAUGUGUCGGGCCAUGAUGUGAUCUUCAUGUGUGAGGUCUUUGCCUACCCCAUGGCCCUCGUGGAAUGGAGGAAGGAUGAAGAAGAAUUUGCUCUACCUGGAGAUGAUCCUCACAUCUCCGUCCAGGUGAGUGACACCGUCACAGCCCCGCCUAGGCAAAGGGUCUCCCAGCUCAGCUCCACCCAGGUGAGGAUCCUUGAGGCAGCUCCAUGCAGGUGAAUGACCCUGACUUAGCCCCACUCAGGUGAAUGAACCCAACUCAGCUCGGCCCUCAUGAGUGACCCUUACAUGCACCUCUCUCCAGGUGCAUCACACGCUUAUUUCCAUCUCGGUGAGUCUCCUCCAUGCUCAGUGAGAUCUUGGAGGCCCUCUGGGUGUGUGCAUUUUUCUGACCGGCCCAGUUUGGCGAUCGACUGUGGAACUCAUUUGCCCUAACUCUCUUCCUGCUCAGU